AUGUCUCGGCGCAAGCAGGCCAAGCCCCAGCACCUCAAGUCGGACGAGGAGCUGCCGCCGCCGGAAGGGGCUCCGGAGCACGCGGCCCCCGGGGAAGGCGCGGAGGACGGCGACAGCGGGCACGACAGCAGGAGCGGCGGCGAGGACACCAGCGUGUGCGACCGGUGCUGUGCCGAGUUCUUCAAGUGGACGGACUUCCUGCGGCACAAGAAGAUCUGCACGAAGAACCCACUGGUGCUCAUCGUCCACGAAGAUGAGCCGGCCCCGGCCUCCGAGGAGUUUCCGGAACCUUCCCCGGCCAGCUCUCCCAGCGAACAGGCGGAGAGCGAGGCUCCCGAGGAGGCGGCCCCCGCGGAGAGCGGGGAGGGUGGCGAGGUGAGGGCCCCCGAGAAGGAGGAGGAGCCCAUGGACGUGGAGUCCCCCGCGGCCGACAAGAGCUUCCAGAGCCCAGGGCCCUCGCUCCCGGGGAAGCCGCCCCUACCUCAGGCCCCCGCGCCCGCGCCCGCCGCCGCCUACGGCAUGCCGAGCACCAACGUGACGCUGGAGACCCUGCUGAGCACCAAGGUGGCCGUGGCGCAGUUCUCCCAGAGCGCGCGGGCCGCGGGCGCGGCGGGCUCCAGCAGUGGGGUCGCCGCGGCGGCCAUCCCCAUGAUCCUGGAGCAGCUGAUGGCGCUGCAGCAGCAGCAGAUCCACCAGCUGCAGCUCAUCGAGCAGAUCCGCAGCCAGGUGGCCAUGAUGGGCCGCCAGCCCCUGAGGCCGCCGCUGAACCCCGGGGCCGCCCCGGGGGCCCAGGGCGCCCCCGGGCCUGCCCCCAGCCAGCUCCCGGGGCUGGCCGCACACUCCGCCCUGCAGCUGCCCUCCGGGCCGGCCCCCGCCCCCACGCCGCCAGGCCCCGCCGCCCAGGCCACGGCCUACGAGGGCCCCCCGCCGCUGUCACAGCCGGGGUCCGGGGCGAGCACCCCGCUCGUCCCCAGCGGGGGCCCCGCGGCCCCCGAGUCCAGCGGCCCGGCGCCCUCCAGCGGGGGCCCUGCGUGCGCCACCCCGGCCUCCGGGGCCGGCGCCGCACAGCAGCCGCAGAAAGCCCCCACGCCGCCCGCCCUGGGGCCCGGCCCGCUGCUCAGCGCGGCGCCCAGCCUGCCAAACCCUCUUCUACCUCAGACCUCGGCCAGCAGCGUCAUCUUCCCCAACCCGCUGGUCAGCAUCGCGGCCACGGCCAACGCGCUGGACCCCCUGUCGGCCCUCAUGAAGCACCGCAAGGGCAAGCCCCCCAACGUGUCGGUGUUCGAGCCCAAGGCCAGCGCCGAGGACCCCUUCUUCAAGCACAAGUGCAGGUUCUGUGCCAAGGUGUUCGGGAGCGACAGUGCCCUGCAGAUCCACCUGCGCUCCCACACGGGCGAGCGGCCCUUCAAGUGCAACAUCUGCGGCAACCGCUUCUCCACCAAGGGCAACCUGAAGGUGCACUUCCAGCGCCACAAGGAGAAGUACCCCCACAUCCAGAUGAACCCCUACCCCGUGCCCGAGUACCUGGACAACGUGCCCACCUGCUCCGGCAUCCCCUACGGCAUGUCGCUUCCGCCGGAGAAGCCGGUCACCACCUGGCUGGACAGCAAGCCCGUGCUGCCCACGGUGCCCACGUCGGUGGGGCUGCAGCUGCCGCCCACCGUCCCUGGCGUCGGCGGCUACGCCGACUCCCCCAGCCUCACCCCCGCGAGCCGCUCCCCGCAGCGGCCCUCGCCCGCCUCCAGCGAGUGCCCCUCCCUGUCCCCCGGCCUCAACAGCUCCGAGUCCGGCGCCCCCGCGACCGCCGAGUCCCCGCAGCCUGUGCUCGGCGUGUCUUCUCUGACCAAAACCGAGCCCCUGGGCCUGCCUUGCGCGAGCGCCAGGGCGGGGGACGUCCCCGCCGGCGGGCAGGCCGCGGCCACGGCCACGUCCGCCGCCACGGCCCUCACGGACAGCAGCCUCUCCACCGGCCUCUGCAGCCCGGUCCUGGCGGCCAGCUCGGAGCCGUUCAAGGCCAAGUUCCCCUUCGGGGGGCUGCUCGACUCCAUGCAGACGUCCGAGACGUCCAAGCUGCAGCAGCUGGUGGAGAACAUCGACAAGAAGAUGACUGACCCCAACCAGUGCGUCAUCUGCCACCGGGUGCUGAGCUGCCAGAGCGCCCUGAAGAUGCACUACCGCACGCACACCGGCGAGCGGCCCUUCAAGUGCAAGAUCUGCGGGCGCGCCUUCACCACCAAAGGCAACCUGAAGACGCACUUCGGGGUGCACCGGGCGAAGCCGCCGCUGCGCGUGCAGCAUUCCUGCCCCAUCUGCCAGAAGAAGUUCACCAACGCCGUGGUGCUGCAGCAGCACAUCCGCAUGCACAUGGGCGGGCAGAUCCCCAACACGCCGCUGCCCGACGGCCUGCAGGGCGCCGUGGACGCGGAGCUCCCCUACGACGACCAGGCCGCCGAGGCCCUGAGCGGCUUCGAGGACGAUGCGGACGAGAACUCCAUGGAGGAGGACGCGGAGCCCAAGGACGCGGCCAGUGCCCCAGCCCGGCCGCCGCCGCCCUGCUCGGCCUCCCGCCCGCCCUCGCCCCCGUCUGUCAUCUCCGGCAUCGCCGCGCUGGAGAACCAGAUGCGGAUGAUGGACGCCGCCAUGGGCUGCCCGCCGCUGGCUGCCGCGAAGGCCGUGGAGAACGGGUCCGGGGACAGCGACCGCCUCAGCAACGACUCCUCGUCCGCCGCCGGCGACCUGGAGAGCCGCAGCGCGGGCAGCCCGGCCCUGUCCGAGGCCUCGUCCUCCCUGCAGGCCCUGUCCCCCGUCAACAGCCACAGCGACAGCCUGCCCUCCAAGUCCCCGGGCCUCAGCAACCACGGGGACCCGCCGGACAUGCCGCUCAAGACCGAGAGGCCCGACAGCCCGCCCCCCGCGCCCGAGAACGGAGGCGCGCUGGACCUCACGGCCGCCCACCCCAGCCGGCCGGCCGUCAAGGAGGAGGCGCCCUUUAGCCUGCUGUUCCUGAGCCGGGAUCGGGGUAAGUGUGAGCGCGCCGUGUGUCGCGUCUGCGGCAAGCCCUUUGCCUGUAGGAGCGCGUUGCAGAUCCACCACCGCAGCCACACCAAGGAGCGUCCGUUUGUCUGCGUGGCCUGCGGGCGCGGGUGCUCCACUGUGGGUAAUUUAAAGCAGCACUUGCUGACCCACGACCUGAAAGCGCUGCCUUCUCCGUUAUUUGACCCCAACUUUGCUCUAGGUCCCAGCCAGAGCGCCUCUACGGGCCUGGUCGCCGGCUCCACGCCCGCCCUGAUCAAAAUGGAACUGAACGGGCACAGCAAGGCCGUCACGCUGGGCGAGGGCCCGCCGCUGCCGGCCGCCGUCCAGGUGUCCACGGGGCCGCAGGCGGUGAUGGGCCCCGGCCUCGCGCCCAUGCUGGCCCCCCCGCCGCGCCGGACCCCCAAGCAGCACAACUGCCAGUCGUGUGGGAAGACCUUCUCCUCCGCCAGCGCCCUGCAGAUCCACGAGCGCACGCACACCGGGGAGAAGCCGUUCGGCUGCACCAUCUGCGGGAGAGCCUUCACCACCAAGGGCAACCUCAAGGUGCACAUGGGCACACACAUGUGGAACAACGCCCCUGCGAGGCGCGGCCGCCGCCUGUCGGUGGAGAACCCCAUGGCCCUGCUGGGGGGCGACGCCCUGAAGUUCUCGGAAAUGUUCCAGAAGGACCUGGCCGCGCGAGCCAUGAACGUCGACCCCGGAUUCUGGAACCAGUACGCGGCAGCCAUCACCAACGGCCUGGCCAUGAAGAACAACGAGAUCUCCGUCAUCCAGAACGGAGGCCUGCCCCCGCUCCCCGUGAGCCUGGGCGGCGGCGCCAUGCCCCCGCUGGGCUCCCUGGCCGCCGGCAUGGACAAGGCACGCACGGGCAGCAGCCCGCCGGCCGCGGGCCUGGACAAAGCCAGCCCCGACUCGGGCGCCAGCCGGCCAUUCACCAGGUUCAUUGAGGACAACAAGGAGAUCGGCAUUAACUAG